AUGCAAGAUGGUUACCCCCACCUCACAGUGAAAGCAUGGAACGGGCAAGUGCUACUGGUCUUUCUGGAUCGCUGUCUUACAGCGCUGGUGGCAGCAGGGGCACAGGACCAAGAGAUUCAGCUAGCACACUUGGCGACACGUGCGAUGACAUGCUGGUUUGACCGCUUAGCGCGAUUUCCUCGUUUGUUGAGUCAGGCACAAGGGAACGAGAUCUCAAAUUUUGGAUUUCGAUUUUUGCGCCUCUACAGGCAGUUGGCGAUUCUGUCAGUACUUCGGAGUGUGGCGCGAUGGCGUUUGUUGCCCAAAGUGCACCCCUUUCGGCACAUGAACGAAGAUAUGCGAAAUCGGUUGUACAACUAUCGUUACUGUCAUACCUUUAAAGACGAAGAUAAUGUUGGCGUCUGCAAGAAGCUUGCAGAACGAGUAGCCAAAGAACCUGAGAUGAUGGCAGUGGAUCCGGAGAAGAUUGCGGAACAUCCCGAAUCGGAAGAGAAACCGAGAGAUCACAAGAAAUGCCACGGUUGGUUGGAGGAGGUGGACCCCCUGAGUGGUUCCCCCGUGGCCUGGCGCGACCUCUCCACGGGGCAGACGGAGGGCGCAGCGGCCACCGUGGCCGAGACGGCGGAGGCGCAGCGGCGGCAACGGAGGCAGACGGCCCGGCGGGCGGGAUCCACCUAUGCGCCCGAAUUCCUGGGUUUGUUGGAGGUGGCACUGGUGAAAGACUGGGCGAACUUUUCGCGCAAGCGACAAUGCUCGGUGCCCAAGGAGCUGUUGGUGGCCAGCGAGUUGAAACUGUCCAGCGGCGAGCUGCAGGAAAGUGACAGGAAGCACGACAUCAGCAGCAGCGACAUCGGCAUGUUGGCCUGGCGACUGUUCCUGCGCACCCCGGAGUUCCCUGAGGGACGCUCCCUGGUGUUGAUCGCCAACGACGUCACGCACCAAGCAGGUUCCUUCGGUGUGGCAGAGGACCAGUUCUUUAAGAAAGCCACGGAAUACGCGCGGCAGCGGGGCUUGCCACGGGUCUACAUCGCCUGCAACAGCGGUGCACGCGUCGGGCUGGUGGAUGAGAUCAUUCCCAAGCUACAGGUCCAAUGGAAAGAUGCCAGCGACCCAUCCAAGGGCUUCGACUUCCUUUACCUCACCGAAGCGGACUACCAGAGCCUACCCUCGGGCGCCGUCAUCGCCACCUUGGUGCCGGAGGUGGGCUAUGCCCUGGAGGCGGUGGUGGGCUUGGGCUGCCGUUCCAUCGAUGGCGGCAUCGGUGUGGAGAAUUUGCAGGGCAGUGGCUCCAUCGCGGGCGAGACGUCGCGAGCAUACAACGACAUUUUCACCUUGUCCUACGUCACUGGCAGAUCCGUGGGCAUCGGUGCGUAUCUGAACCGCCUGGGACAACGGGUCAUCCAAUCGGUGGAUGGGCCCUUGGUACUCACUGGCUAUGGUGCUCUCAACAAGUUGCUGGGGAAGAAUGUGUAUUUUUCGCAAGACCAGCUUGGAGGACCCCAGAUCAUGGUUCCCAACGGCAUCACCCACCAGCUGGUACAAAACGAUCAGGAAGGUGCUGAGGCAAUUCUGAAGUGGCUCUCCUUUGUUCCCAGGGAUACCUGGUCCCUGCCGCAGUCUGUAACUUCUUUGGACCCUCCUGAACGAUUGGUGGAAUUUAGACCCACGAAACAGGCUUACGAUCCUCGGCACAUGUUGGCUGGAACGACAACUGACAAUGGCAAAUGGCUUUCUGGUUUCUUCGACCGAGGAAGUUUCGUUGAAUACAUGGCUGGUUGGGGCCGAAGUGUAGUAGUAGGUCGAGCACGCUUGGGGGGCAUCCCCAUGGGUGUGAUAGCAGUCGAGACCAGGAAUGUUGAAAGGAGAAUACCUGCUGAUCCCGGCAAUCCAGAGAGUAGAGAGAUUGUCGAGCCUCAAGCAGGGCAAGUGUGGUUUCCUGACAGUGCCUACAAGACAGCCACAGCCAUACGGGACUUCAAUGUGGGCGAAAAUCUUCCUUUGAUGAUCUUUGCCAAUUGGCGUGGUUUCUCUGGAGGAACUCGAGACAUGUACGGAGAAGUCUUGAAAUUCGGAGCUCAGAUUGUGGAUGCCUUGGUGGAUUACAAACAACCCGUCUUCAUUUACAUUCCCCCGGAGGGCGAACUCCGUGGGGGGUCCUGGGUAGUGGUGGAUCCAGCCAUUAAUCCCGAUGUCAUGGAGAUGUACGCCGAUCAAGACAGCAGGGGUGGGAUUUUGGAGCCGGCUGGCGUGGUGGAGGUGAAGUUCCGCGCGGCGCAGCACAGGGAACUGAUGCAUCGCCUGGAUGAGCAGCUACAGCAGCUGGAUGAGCAGAUGAAGACGUCACCUUCCGAAGAGGUACAACAGGAGAUCCAGGCCCGAGAAGAGAUGCUGCAGCCACUCUACACCCAGGUGGCCUGUGAGUUCGCUGACCUCCACGACCGUGCGGGGCGCAUGAAGGCGGUGGGCGCCAUUAAAGAGAGUCUGGAGUGGCACUCUUCGCGCGAGUUCUUCUAUUGGCGCUUGCGGCGGAGCCUGCUGGAGAAAGGCCUCAUCCGCGACUUGCGCGCAGCGGAUUCUGCCAUGAACCAGCCAGUGGCCAUGGCCACUGUACAGGCGUGGUUGAAAGAAGACGCUGGGGGCAGCUGUAGCGAUCGAAGAGCGGUGGAACUGCUCCAAGCGAUGUCGGCGAAAGAGAAGGUCCGCAGCGUUCAUGCCAAGGCGGUGAAGCGACAGUUCCAUGAAGUUUGCGAUGAGUUGGUCCGUUCCGGGCAACUGGGUUCGCUGGGCCGCUGCUUCUUCCGCUGCCUGGUCCCCAACCGCGCUGACUGCGCCGUUCCUCCGCUUCGAGAGGAGACGCCGGCACCACGGGUGACACCGGCACCGCUGCCGGGCUUGUUGGGAAAGGUGCAGGUUGAAAAGAAACCGGCCUAA